AUGUCCAGUCCCGAAAACCGUUUCACCGGACAAUUCAAUUCAAACACGCUGGCUGUCAUCGUCUGCUCAGCGCUUGCCUUGUACAACGCCCUCGAGCUCGAACUACUCAUUUUUACCACCUUCCAUGCUUAUCGCGGCCUCUACUACUGGGCACUGGUCCUCUCAAGUUUCGGCAUCAUCCCAUAUGUUCUCGGAUAUAUGAUCGAGUACUUCCGUCUCACCUACCUUGCCGUCGGCAUUGCCAUCGACACGACCGGAUGGAUCCUCAUGGUCACUGGCCAAUCAGUAGUGCUCUACAGUCGCCUGUACCUCGUCUUUGGUAGAGGGCAUCGAAACCUCCUGGCUGCAGUUAAAUGGAUGAUUAUCGUGGAUGCAAUAGUGUUUCACGGCGUAACCGCGAUCGUUGUGUACGGUUCCCAUUACGGCGAAAGGACCAGCUCAUUUGGCUUAGCCUACAACUACGUCGAACGCAUACAGAUGGUCGCAUUCUGUGUGCAAGAAUACAUUCUCAGCGGACUCUACAUCUGGAAAGCCCUCGACAUCAUCAAGGUAUCGGGUCGGAAGCGUUCACGUCGUCUCAUGUGGCAACUAUUCUCGAUCAACGUCAUCAUAAUUGUCCUCGAUAUCGCUCUUCUCAUCAUCGAAUUCAAGAGCUACCAUGUUCUGCAACAGACCGUCAAAGGCGUCACAUACAGUGUCAAGUUGAAGUUGGAGCUCGCAGUUCUCAACAAGCUCGUUGAGCUCUCGUCGCAGCAUCGCGUCAACAGUGCGCUCAGCUACUCCCACACGAACGAUUUCGUGGAUCCCACCAGAGCAGUUUGGGAUGUUACUCGUUUUACCCCGCCAUUCUCCGGUGCCACCGCUGCUCCACGGCCUAGAUGGGUUUCUGACCUUGAGAAGUCUGGCCUCCAACGCAUGGACAGCUCAUAUUCUCCAGCGGAUGCAUGGGCGCGCGACAAGCACAGCGAUACCUCUGCCUCGAGUGAUCUUGAGACGGGUGAUAUAAAGCAGCCUGUCCCAGUCAUGAUCGAUCCCAGACUUAGUCUGCGCAAAGGCUCAGCAACAGACCUCCUGUACGCGGAUGCCAUACGUAAGAUCGCCCGUUGA